AUGUUAGCCCAAACACCUACCUCUGAGGGCGUUUCUCACGCAGAAGGCGCCCAAACAACUGGCGCACUUGACGGCAGUUCGUUUGCGACAACGAUCGAAUGUACCGACGGAGACCCUGAUCAUCCGUAUAAUAUGAGUUCUGGGAGAAAAUGGAUAAUAGUCAUUGUAAUCUCAUUCAGCGCCCUUUGCGUUACUUGUGCUUCGUCUAUCUACUCAACAACCUAUAGCCAAAUCAUGAUCGAUUUCCAUAUUUCUCACGAGGUAGCAACGCUUGGCCUUUCACUUUAUAUCUGGGGAAUGGGCGUUGGUCCAUUGGUAUUAGGCCCACUGUCCGAGCUGUAUGGUAGGCGAGUCGUUUAUCUUUGGUCACUUCUUUUCUUUUUUAUCUGGAUCUUCCCAUGCGCCUUCGCAAACAACAUUCACACGCUCCUCAUUGGUCGCUUCCUUAGCGGAUUGUCGGGAAGCGCGUUUCUCAGUGUUGCUGGGGGCACAGUUGGAGACAUUUUCCCUCGAAAUCAGCUAGCACUUCCAAUGAUGGUAUAUACUGCCAGUCCGUUUAUUGGGCCUGAGAUAGGACCUCUAUUAGGCGGGUUUAUUAACCAAUACACUAACUGGCGCUGGACAUUCUAUAUACUGCUCUGCUGGGCGGCUGCUAUGUUGCUUCUGGUAUUCUUGUUGGUGCCAGAAACAUACCAAUCGGUUCUUGUAAAACUCAGGGCGCAAGGAAUACGAGAAGAGACCCGGACUUCGGAAGCAUGGGAACCAAAUGAAAAGAAGACCUCUUCACUCUGGAUUAUGAUACUACGGUCCACCUACAGGCCUAUCAUGCUCCUGACUCUGGAGCCCAUGUGUCUGAGCCUAUGCAUAUACUCUGCGCUUUUACUUGGAAUCAUCUACCUCUUCUUCGGUGCAUUCCAAUUAGUUUUCGAGUCUGUGUAUGGGUUCCAGUUAUGGCAGCGUGGAGUUUCAUUCACGGGGCUCUUAGUUGGAAUGAUCUUCGCUAUACUCUCAGACCCUUUUUGGAGAUUGCAUUACCGUCGUUUAGAAGAACGGGCGUUAGAUCUAACCAGUCCAGACUCAGAUUUCAUGCCGGAGUGGAGACUACCCCCAGUUAUAGUCGGGGCUCCAUUGGUCACUGUCGGACUCUUCAUGUUUGCUUGGACAUCAUAUCCCAGCAUCCAUUGGGUUGUACCGAUAAUUGGAAGCGCUUUAUUCGGUGCAGGGACUAUUCUCGCCUUUUCGGGAAUAUUCACAUUUCUUGUGGAUGCCUAUCCCAAAUACGCGGCAAGUGCUUUGGCCGCAAACAGCUUUGCCCGAUCGACCUUCGGAGGUGUGUUUCCAUUAUUUGGUGUGCAAAUGUACAAUAGAUUGGGUAUACAGUGGGCUACAUGCCUGCUCGGUUUCUUGACAUUGGCCAUGCUGCCCUUUCCGUAUAUAUUUUAUAGAUAUGGGGCACAGAUCCGAAAGCGAAGCCGCUUCUCGAAAUGA